GCAACAGGACUUGAACCAGGAUGACCCGACUUUAAUGUUCCAUAGCGUGGCUAAAAGAAAGGGAGGGGGAAUAAUAAAUUGAAUUGAGUGGGGAAGAAGGUUGUAGAUUCUCACUCACUUUCAGUAGACGAAGUAAGGACUAUCAAACGCCAAUUUAGCAAAUUACUCUACUUUCAAUUAAAGAAGGAAAUGGACUUAUCAACAUCCCAGAAAUUCACUCUUGGGUAUGCUGGCCUUGUUGGAGUAGGUGGAGUUAUGGGAUAUAUGAAAAGAGGUAGCCUUAUGUCCCUUGGAGCAGGAGGAGCAUCAUCCGCUGUGCUGUAUUACGUUUACACACAACUCCCAAAUAACCCUGCUUUUGCUUCAUCACUCGGGCUUGGGGUUUCAACCAUGUUGCUUGGAUCAAUGGGUUAUCGUUUUCAUAAGACAAGGAAGGUGUUUCCUGCUGGAGUGGUUGCUCUUCUUUCUCUUGGAAUGACCACUGGAUACCUACAUGGAGUUUUUCGAAGCCAGCACUAGUUUACAAUAGAGUGCCUGAAAAAUAUCAUGGUAGGAUAUUUGUUGAAACUUGGUUGCAAACAUUUUGUUAUGUGACUGCCUUAGGAUGCUUUUUGGACCCAAGGAUGAUGGUUAGUAUUAGUUAUAUGGAAUGGAAUGGAAUGUUUGUGUUAAAAUAAGUUGUAGAUUGAGUUACUGAAGCUUUUUUUAUGGUACCAACUUGUUUGUAAACUUUCAAUUCUAUUCGCCCUCUGUACUCGUGUAUACAAA